CCCAAAUGCAAUAACUAUAUAUCUCUAUAGCAUCUCCAGCUGCCGUGCGUGACACCAUCAAAAGAAUAUAUAAAUAAAAGUAACACAACUGUACCAUCAUAGCCUAAACUACAAGCCUGUCUGUUCUUCUUCAUUUUCUUCUCAGUACUAUAUAGUUAUUUACUUGUCAUCACCAGUUCACCACAGGAGUUAGUAACAUGGAGGGCUGCACGAGCACAGCCGCGGGAGGUGGCGGUGAAUACCAAGAUUUGUUGCCGGUGAUGGCGGAGAAGCUAGACGUGGACACCUUCGUGGCUGAGCUGUGUGGAGGGUUCCGGCUGCUGGCUGACAGGGAUACCGGGUUGAUCACGUCCGAGAGUCUUCAGAGGAACUCUGCCCUCUUGGGAAUGGAAGGGAUGAGCAAAGAGGAUGCAGAAGGCAUGGUGAAGGAGGGAGACCUCGACGGCGAUGGGGCUUUGAAUGAAACAGAGUUUUGCAUUCUCAUGGUGAGACUUAGCCCAGAGAUGAUGGAAGAUGCAGAGACCUGGCUUGAGAAGGCACUCCAAACAGAAAUGGCUCAGCCUUCACAGUAAUCUCAGACUUUUAAAAGUGUGUGAGGAAGAUUAGUUUGUUAUGAAAUUCAUGUUAUAAUUUCCCUCAGUUGUACAAUUUGUAUUGCUUUGCUUCUUCCCUGAGAGUGGUUGUUGCAGCAGUAUAUGAUAUAUUUAUAUCAAGUUGAGAGUAUAAAAUUCACAUAAAAGUAGCAUUAGUGGAGUUACAGUUUCACUGCAUAAA